AUGGCACAACCCGACCUUACCUCCCAUCACGUCAACUACUUAAUAUGGCGGUACCUUCAAGAGUCAGGUCAUGGUGAUGCCGCCGUCUCACUGCAGCGCGCAUGGUACCCCGAUCCGCAGAGCCUGCCCUUUGCGCGCCACAUCAAAACCCAUGCGCUGGUGUCGCUGGUCCAAAAGGGCCUGCAGUACCACGAACUGGAAUCCUCCCUCGACAAGGAAGGCAACCCCAUCACAUUUACCCCCACCGACUACUUUUUCGGCCCGGAACCGUUCGAGGUCAGCUCCUUGAAGCGCCGGGAUGAUGCUGGCACAGACCAUCCCGCGCCGGAACCCGCGCAGGACCGUGUGACUAAUGGGAACCCGGUCGAAGCCAAGAAGCCGCGCAAAGAAGCUAACGGCGACGAGUCGAUGGAAGUCGACGAGGAGAGCAAAGCCUCGGUCGAUGGUGACGGCGAUGUGAGCAUGGGGGCGGAUGACCAGCCACCGGAACCCACCCUCGCGACGGGCAGCAGCGUCGGCGUCCAGAUCACCCCCGCCAAGGCCGCCGACUUAGCGCCCGACACCGCCAUCCUGCACCCCGACGAUCACGUGGUCACCACCCGCUGGCGGCCGCGCGACUCGACCCUGCUCGUCGCCACCGGCGAGACCUCCUGCAGCCUGUGGAAGCUGUCGCUGUCGUCGGCCCCGGUCCAGAAUCGAUUCUUGAAUCUGAAGGGCAGUGGCGCCUAUGUCUCCGAGGUGGCCUGGGAUGCCCUCGGCACCAAACUGGCCGUGGCCACCAUCCGCGAUAUGAAGGGCGCCAUCACCAUUGGUUUGCACUGGGCUGAGGAUAGCCCGCAAUUGGUGGUCGUCGCCUCCGACGAACGAACCUCCGAAUUGGCUCUUUGGGACGACAACCGCCGGCCGGAUGUAUACCCUCCCCCGCAAAUGAUCGACAGUCAUGUCUACGAUCUGGCCUGGUGUGGCCGGUCGAUGGUCUUUGCAUGCGGAAACGGGGCCGUCUACCAAUGCGAGGUCGACCAGAACAUUCGCCUGACCAAGACCUACACCUCCCCCGACGCCAAGUCCGCCUGGACUUUCAUUCGCUGCGCCUACACCCCGUCAUAUUCCGUUGCCGUCGCUGCGAGCUCCGCAAAUUCCGCCGUUUGGAUCCUAACACACGAUAUUCUCAUUGAAAAUGCUCACCAAGAUGCAAUCACCGCGAUUGACAUUCGGCCCGCCGGCCCUCAAUCGCAACAGAGCUCCACAAUAACAAUCGCUACUUACUCAGUCGACGGAUUCGUUCAUGUUUGGCAUGUAGAUUUGGAAUCAAAACAACACAAGCACCUCCAUCGUUUGCGUCUCGGCUCCUCCGUCCCUGCUCUGGCCGGCAGCUUUUCUCCAGAUGGAUAUGCUCUCAGCGCCGUGAGCAGGGACCAGCUCUUUAUUUGGAACGCGGAGCGUGGUGGUGAUCCCAUGGCAACUUGGACUGCCCCCAGCGCAGAACACGUUAAAGAGGACCCCGAUCACGCCACAAAUGGACAUAACGGGCAUACAGAUCCAUUCCCUGAUAGAGAUAUCUCUUGGGACCACGAUGGUAAAAAGCUAGUGUGUGGCUUCGGGAAUCAGGUGGCUAUUGUCAAUCUCCAACGGUGA